AGCCGAUAGAAUGGAGAGUGGUGCUCCCCGAUCGUCAUCGCGCCCGCGGCCCUCUUCGAGGCCGACAACACCCCUACGUCCCAGUUCGAGAUCGUCCGUUAGAGAAGCACACGGCUAUGGAGCAAGGAUCAGUCGGUCCGGGCAUAACCAGCCCGCGAUCAAUGCCCUGGAGCCGCAGUUCGCUGAGUUGGCGGACUCGAUGGCGGAUCUCGAAGCGAACUUUAUGCAUCUUCAGCUCAUGCACGAAAGCUUGACGCGUUUCAGCGAGAGCUUCGCCAGCUUUCUAUACGGAUUAAAUAUGAAUGCCUUCUGUGUGGACUUUCCUGAGGCACCUAUUUCCGAGUCCUUCAAGAGAGCAAAACAGGUGGAGGCUCAAAAAGAAGCCGAGGCAGAGCAGAGCCGACUACAGAACGAGGCGGAAGCCACUUUCCUCACGACCGACACAUCGUUCGUUGAGCACCCACCCAGCACCGUCUCGUCGAAGCCUACUCCCAGGACCUCCGCUCCCUCUAGAGGCGCAUCGCGGGGGACCUCUACUCGUGGCACUACCGGUGGCCGGUAUUCGACCAGAGGUGCACCAAGAGGCCGUGCCAGCGGGCUGCCUCGAGGAAGGGGGGUUCGAUGAGCAGAUAUUCUCGAAGUGUCACAGCGGAGGGAAAUCUCCAGUUGUUCUGAGGUAAUCGGUGAGAUUUGUCGGCACAAGAGCAGUGGACCGUCCUGCCAAACUGAGAUGCUGCAUGACUGAUCUUUGUCCAUUUGACCAUCGUUUCUCGCUCUACACGACGCAUGAUAUCAGGAUCAAUAUUGGCCUGUCAUCGCCCGCCAUUCAGAAACGCUCUCAGGCUAAAAAAGCGUUCGAGAACAGUAGUCAUGCGGUUUGAUAGAUGCACUAUAUCAUCCCUAGAAUAAUAUACCAGGGAUUCACACUCUACUGGAGUCUUUUGAGUGACUACAAUUCAUUGC